AAAAACUUGUAUUGUGUUGGAUUUGGGGGCGAAUGAAGCUGUUCUUUUUCCUAUUGUUGAAGGUAUUUUAAUGCUUCAUAAUUGGGAAACAUCUAUUAAUGCUUGUGCAAGUGCUUUAGAAAUGGAGGCAAAAAGAUUAAUGCUUAAAUAUGGAAGAGUUCGAAGACAUCCAGUAAUUGUAUUGGAAAGUUGUGAUGAGGGAGUUGAAGAAACUAAUCAGGCUGAAACUUCUGACGACGGCCGUCCUUUUGCUGAAUGUGAUUUAUCUUUAGCUGACUCAAUGCGUUUGUGGGAAGAUUUAGUUUUUCGUUUUUGCUUUGUAACAACUGCAGCUAGAGGAAGACGGCUUCAAACACAUUUAGCCAAUCCAGAUUCUCCUUACAUUACUCGACCUGUUCCUCCUGUCCAACUCCAAUUUGGAUCAGAAUUGCUUUAUAUUCCUGGAAUUGUGCGAGAGGCUGUAGCUGAACUUUUGUUUACACAUAAUGAUGAAUCUGGUUGUAGAUCUGUUCCUCAAUUAAUUUUGGAUUGUAUUUCUAAGGUCAGUAUUGAUUUACGUCGCGUUUUGUUGCAAAAUUUGCUCAUUGUUGGUGGAAUAAGUCGACUUCCUGGUUUCUUAGCUAGAUUAAAGACAGAACUUCUCGAUUUAAUUGCUGAUGAAUAUAAACCACAAAUAUCACCCAAACUUGUUGAUAUAAAAUUUUACCAAUUUCCACCUGAAAUUGCUGGAGAAUUAUUUUGUUCUUGGCUUGGAGGCUCACUGUUUUGUUCUACAGAUUAUAAUAUUGACCAAAGAUCAAUUACUAGACAAGAAUGGCUUCGGACACGAAAAGUAAAAGAUUGGACAGAAGAAAUUGAUAAAUAUUUUUCUAAUUUAAAUAUUAAUAAGGGGGCAUAA